AUGAAUAUUAAGACUUUGAGUUGUUAAUAUGGCGAGAUAAAAAAUAGUACUGAUUUUUCUUGUAUUCCAUGUAAUAGCGAUUAAGGGCUUUUUUCAUUAAACAUAAAUUCUGAAAAAUGCCAGUUGAAGGAUGAUAUUUCAACUGUAAGUGUUUAACCUGCUUUAUUAAAUAUAAAAUUUGGAUUUUGGAGACCUUAUUUUUAAAGCAAUAUUGUCAGUUAUUGUUUGAAUUUAGAAGAUAAUUGUUUAGGAGGUUGGGAGGAAGGUGACAGUUCUUGUUUUAUAGGACAUAUUGGAGCACUAUGUGAAUAAUGCGAUUUAUAUAAUACAAGGGGAGAUGGAGAAUAUUCGGUUAGUUAGAAAUAUUCUUGUGGAUCAUGCUUGGAGAAGGAGAAAAAUGCAAUAAUUAUAACUUUCGUGAGUAUAUGGUACAUAUUAUAAAUAAAAUCAUAGGACCUUGGUUUCGAUAUUAGUUUCUGUGCAAAGUACUUUAAAAGACAUAGAAGAAUUUGUUAGAAUUAUCAGUAUAAUAUUGCUAGGGUUAGCAGUUACUUAAAAUACAAAUCAAUCUGCGAUAUUAAUAAAAAUGCUGACGAAUUAUUUGUAGAUCAUUUCUUCUNUAAAUGUAAACCUAAUUUAUCACAUCUGUAAACAAAAUAUUAUCAAUAAAAUUUAUAGAUGA